AUGAUGUCAUCCAGACUGGCCGUAAGCAGCCGUCUGUUCACCACAGAUGAUCUCAGGCAUUAUAUGGUUCAGGACAAGGGUAGUUUUACCGGAGAUCUAGAAUGGUCCGACGAUAACUCCCAAUGGCAGACCAACACUUUACAAAUCAAUUCUAUUGGUCAAUUGACGAUAUCUUAUUCUGUAUCGCAGUGUGCAGAAGUGGAUAAUAACGCAAUCAAACUCAAGAACCAUAAGCUAUUCAAUCUAGGGAGGUCUGCUACGUCGCGAAACUCCAAUAACAGAAAGUCUUCAUUCCAAAAAAGACGCCAACAGGAUGACCCUGACUCCAGUAUAGAUAUACUGACCAACCCUUACAGCGAUGUUAUUAUUAGGAACCUUCAUUCAAGUUCUGUGUCGUUGUCAGUUCACAAUGGGAUAUCCACUAUCCAGGUGGUGUCAGUCAACAAGGAGAAAUGCUAUUUUAAAAGUAUAAACAAUGAGAAACCCCAGUUUGUUCGGUUUUUGGCUAAUCUUAUGGUUUGGCAAAACAUGAACGUGUACGGUAUUCAUAACAAAUAUUUCAAUAUCCCUCUUCCUUUUGCCACUAUGAACAACCCCCAAAACAUGCUCAAUAUCAAUAACGGUGGUGCAAACAAUGAUAAUCCUAAAAAAGAUUCGGUGGCAAUGAGCCAAAGUAUUUUGAUAUACGAUGAUGAUGAUGAGGAUAACGUGAUUGUGAUCAAUAAAGAGGAAAAAAACCUUUUGGUGUGUCGGUUCAAAGUGUAUGGGCCAAUUCCUAAAAACCAGCGGAAAAACCUUGAGAUUCCUGGCCCUAGAAAUCCAUUGUACCCUUCUGAUCAAUAUAAGGAUGUCCAGGAAGGAUGGUUUUAUGCAAUGGGGGUGGUCAAAUCUAACGGGAUUCUUGAUUUGCUAUCAGAGUACGAUGGUACUUUGUUAUACUCCAUCAAUGUUUCUACUUUGAUUCGAUCAGAAAUUCGCCAGGUACACCAUCUGAUAUUCGAAAACUCUAAUGUGUUAUUCCUUGGGGUCAUUGAAGAAUUGAGAGACCUGAAUAUGAAUAGCAAUCUUUGUCCAACUAGCCAACGGCCACCAUUUUUCCUUCCAAGUCCGGUAGUCAAAUUUAAUGAACUCAGAAACUUUCCAGUUCAAAGAAUAUUACUUAGCUUCCCACUUCAUAUUGAUCUUGAAGAUUGGUUUGUCGCAUUAAAAUCGCUUGCCGCUGGUGAAUAUGUUGGUAUCAGUUCCCAAUACUCCACAAAAUCGUCGUUUCGAAUCUACAAGAAAUUGCAUGUGGAUGUUCUUGAAGCUAAUCUUUCCGACUGCCCUGUGGAAAACUCCGAUAGUGAUGAUUUGGAUGACGAAGGUAACAUUGCCCCUCCAAAGCUUUAUACGGACAUAAUAUUUUGGGACUCUACCUGGGCCAGGACCUCGAUUGUCCAAAGUAGCAAGAGUCCAUUUUGGCGGGAAGAGUUUGUAUUCGAUUUACCAAUUCUUACUAGCGGGUUUCAAAUGCUCAUUAAAAAAUGUGUGCCUUCAAGUGUUCUAAAUGCGGUGGCCAAAAAGCAAAAAAACAAGACUUCAAAAAUCGAACAACCAGAACUCGCUGCUGGUGAUAAAUUUUAUUCUGAGUUAGAUACGAUCGUUGGGAUAGUGACAAUCACCGAAGAGAUCAUUGAUGAAUCUAAAGGGAAAGAAACAUGGGUACCUGUUUAUUCUCCGACGAAUAAUCUCGUGCCAAUUGGUCAAAUUUGCGUGCGAUUAUCAUUGAAAGAAUGGCAUAUCUUGUUACCUUCCAACUUUGAUACAUUGCAAAAGAUGCUCAUAAACACCUCAUUAGCCGAUAUCAUUGAAUUUCUCAGUUCGAGUGAUUUGACCUCCAAGUAUGAGGAUCUUGAAGAAAUUUCUAACAUGAUGUUGGAUAUUUUCCAGGCGUUGCAUAAGGAGGAACUUUGGUUCAGUGAAUUAAUUGAUUUUGAGCUUCGAAAAGUGGGUGUAGUUGCAAGAUCCAAUCAUGCAAAGAGCGGAUCAAUGAUGCGUGCCAAUGGAAUGUCAACCAAUUUUUUCAAUACUUUGUUUCGUGGUAACAGUAUUCUUAGUAAGACGUUUGAAAAAUAUAAUCUUCGAGUUGGGCAAGAAUUUUUGGAGAAAGUGGUUGGUGAAUUCGUUUUACAAGUGGCAGAAGACAAUUACGAUUGUGAAAUUGAUCCAGCAAGAAUUCGUGGUAGCACCGAGGAAAAAGAGGCGAUUAUUGACGAAAAUUUUAUGAAGUUGUUCGAUUACGUGGAAAUGAUUUGGGAAAAAAUCUAUAACUCGUGUAACGAUUUACCAGCACCAAUUCGCCGGGAGCUUGAAAUAUUCAGAAACAAAUUAGAAAAUUGUGGAUUUCUCAAUGAUCCCAACGAUUUGGACAUUAAUAAGUCUCAAAGCAAUUUGGCUUUGAAUUGCGUCACUGGGUUUUUGUUUCUUAGAUUAAUUUGUCCAGCAAUUUUGAAUCCAAAGUUGUUUUUCUUGAUCAAGGACCAUCAAACGGGAAAUAUCAAAAGAACAUUGACUUUGAUUUCUAAAAUCUUGUUAACGUUAUCAAAUAGAACCAGAUUUGGGGCAAAAGAACCUUGGUUAAUAAAGAUGAAUUAUUUUCUUGAACAACAUGAAAGUGAAUUAUUGGAGUAUUUGGAUAUAAUCACCAAUAGGAAGCUCGAUCAUAGACCGAAGAUUUUGGAUCUUAGUGACACAGUGAUUAGACCAGAUAUUUCCAUUUCCCCACAGAUUAGUAUUGAAUUACCAACCAACCCAUUCUUGAUUGAUAAGUAUUUCAGGCUCACCCAGCUUGCAACGAUUCUUGCCGCUGAAUUGGAAAACCAGCAAGAUGAAUUCAAUUUUUCUGAUAUGGGCAAUUCCAGUGGUCCAGGAAGCGUUAGAAACUCCUUUAAGAUUGGGUCAAUGAAGUUCGAUGAGCAAGUGAUGAAAAACAAUAAUCUUGCAUAUGCGUCAGAGGAAUUGCUUCGCAACCUUUCGCAAAUCAACGCUGCUUCCAAGCGGGUUUCUAUGAUGUCCUUAGGUGCGGGUGGUGGAAUAAAUUCCAACCGUGGUUCCAUUUCUACUGAUUUAGCAAGACACUCCCAAGUGUCUAUUGGUGAUGUGAAACAGGAGUCGUAUUAUUUAUUGAAAAAGAUUUCAAGACUCGAUUAUUUGUUGACCUCGUUUGAAAACCCAAGUUUGAUCUAUGGCAAUUGGGGAAAGUUUGUCAACACGGUUAUUGAAAGCAGUAUCAUUGAUCAACAGCGAAGGAUUCUUUAUCUAAAUAUUAAUAACAGUCUGAGCGGAGGAUCUUGGAUUUCAGAUCCAAAUAUCAAAAAGUUAACAAACGACGGGAUUGCUUCACUCAAGAUAAAGUUUACCAGUCCUAAAAACUCAACACCCCCAUCGACUCCAACCUCUCCAAUUAGAAACUCUGUUGGACUUGGCGGAAGAAAUGGUAAAACUGGCGGAACCGCUAGCAUUAUCCUUGGUGCUCCUCCUAGACUCGGCAAAUUGAUUAGGUCGGCGAGUAGUAGCACAUUGGGGGGCCGUGCCACUGUAUUGGACGCAUUCACCGGUGGUGGUGGUGGUGGUACUAAUGAGAGUGCCAAUAAUUCAUUUUCUGGGAAGCCUAUAGAUGUUCGUGGCAAUGGCAGGGCCAAUUCCGAAAUGGGACACCGCGGAAGUGCUGGUGCUGGAAUAAAUAAUCAAAGCAUACGUUAUUUCCAAGGUUCACCAGGAUCCUUGCCAUCCAGUCCAGCCGGACAAGCUAGUUUUGGCGCAGCCAGUGGUGGUACUACUGGCGGGAGAAGCCCAUUCAAAAAGACUUUCUUUUGGAGAAAGAAAAACAAUGCGGAUUGA